AUGGAUGAGGUGCGAUCCGAUGCGGUGGGGCGGAUCUUGCGGCAAAGAGCGCAGAGCACGGGAUCCGCGGCCGCUGCUCUGGGCGGAGGACACGGCCUGCAGCCGCCCGCUCGGCGGAGGCAAGGACCGAGAGGAGCGGACCGGCCGGCCAGUAUGCCGCGUCGGCGCGGAGGGUUUGGGCUGGCCAGCCUCCGUCGGGAGCUGCACCUUCACAGUCUGUUCCGCGACUCGCCGCGCCGCGACGAAUCAGCGUCGCAGACCGUCACCGGUAUUCCUGUAAGCGCGACGUUUAGUGCUCAUCUGACGCCUUCCGCUGCUCCGCCGUCAGUUCAUGCGCGUCGCGAAUCCUUCCUCUACCGCUCGUCGGAGGACACGCGAGAUACCGCUCCGCGACCAGUCAGCCGUGCCAGCUCCGUCACCUCCAACGACCACGCGUGA